AUGGCGGACGAACCCAUCGCGGACGCAUCGGCCGAGACCCAAGAGGCGCCGAGUAAGAAGGCGCUGAAGAAGGCUGCGGCGGCGGCCGAAAAGGCGCGAUUGAAAGCCGAGCGCGCCGCCGCGCUCGAGGCGAAGAUGGCGGCGCUGAGCGCGGCUGCGGACGCGGAAGACCCUUUGAAGGAUAAGUACGGCGACGCGGAGAUGGUGCAGAGCCAGACGAAGAGCGGUCGGCGAUGGACGCGAGUGGAGGACCUGAGCGGGACGCUCGCGGACGAAGAAGUCCUGGUCCGAGGACGCGUGCACAACGUGCGAGGGAAGGGAAAGAGCGCGUUCAUCGUGCUGAGACAGCAAACGGCGACGGUGCAGGUGGUGCUGUUCGUGGACGACGUUCACGUGAGCAAGGGGAUGGUGAAGUGGGUAUGCUCGCUUCCGCGGGAAACCGUGGUCGACGUGCGAGGCGUCAUCGUGCGACCGGAAUCCGGUGAGGUGGAGUCGUGCACGCAGAAAGACGUGGAAAUCUCUCUCAGAGAGAUUCACUGCAUCUCUCGAUCGGUACCGACGGAAGAUUUGCCGUUUUUGAUCGAAGACGCGUCGAGACCGGAGACGGCUUUUGAGAAUGAGAAGGCGCAGUACGUGCGCGUCGGGCAGGACACGCGAUUGGAUAACCGUGUCCUCGAUCUUCGCACGCCAGCGAACAACGCGAUCUUUAAAAUUCAGUCCGGCGUGGGUACGCUCUUCCGCGAGGCGCUCUUGCGACGCAAUUUCACCGAGAUUCACACCCCGAAGCUCAUCGCCGGCGCCUCCGAGGGCGGCGCCGCCGUGUUCAGGCUCGAUUACAUGAAGCUAGGCCCGGCGUGCCUCGCUCAGUCCCCGCAAUUGUACAAACAAAUGGCCAUCAUGGGCGAUUUAGAGGGUGUCUUCGAGAUCGGCCCGGUGUUCCGCGCCGAGGACUCGAACACGCAUCGCCACCUGUGCGAGUUCACUGGUUUAGACAUGGAAAUGUCCAUCAAGGAGCACUACGAUGAGGUCUUGGACGUCCUCGACGAACUUUUCGUGAGCAUGUUUGACGGUCUCAACGAGCGAUUCGCGCGAGAGAUCGGGGUGGUGGGCACGCAGUACCCAUUUGAGCCCCUGCAAUACUGCCGCCCGUCCCUGCGCCUGACGUUCGCGGAGGGCGUUAAGAUGCUUCAGGACGCCGGCGUCGAGGUGGACCCGCUCGGUGACAUCGGCACCGAAACCGAACGUAUCCUCGGGAAAUUGGUCAAGGAGAAGUACGGCACUGACUUCUACAUGCUCACUCGAUAUCCCAUCAACGCGCGACCGUUCUACACGAUGCCGGCGCCGGACGAUCCCAACUACACGAACUCCUUCGACAUUUUCAUUCGGGGCCAGGAGAUUAUCUCCGGUGCGCAGCGUAUUCAUGACCCGAAGUUGCUCGCUGAGCGCGCCCUGGCGUGCGGGAUCGAGCUCCCGACGAUCCAGUCGUACAUCGACUCGUUCAAGUACGGCGCCACGCCGCAUGGAGGCUGUGGCGUCGGUCUCGAGCGCGUCGCCAUGUUGUUCCUCGAUCUGAACAACAUUCGUAAGACGUCGAUGUUCCCGAGAGAUCCGAAGAGGAUCGCGCCGUAA